UUUUUAAAAGUCGUGAAUGUAACUAGGCAGAGUCAAUUAACUCCACGCUGUAAGAAGAUGUACAACGUUGUUACUGAAUGGGCAAAAAAAACAGCCAAGUUACAGCACAAAUUUGGAAACUUGCAAAAUAGGUUACUUCUGGCAACGAAGGCUGCACAAAACCCCUGUUUUUCGGAAUUAGUAAACAGUGUUAACGAUUUAACUUACAAGUUUAUUCUUCAACAGGUGCGUACUCAAAAACAGGCACCAAAAGUUCGUCGAUUUUCAUUGGACGAAAAAAUCCUAUCGUUAACACUUUUGAAAACAAGUGGGAAAGGAUAUCGUCUUUUGUCACAAAUAUUUGCACUUCCAUCACGACGUACCUUGACAAAUUUAUUAAAUAAAUUACCAUAUCGUCCAGGGAUCAAUAAACAAGUGGAAAAUAGCCUUAGGACUGUGAUUGCAAGUUUGCCCGAAAAUGAAAAACUAUGUGCCGUUGUAUUCGAUGAAAUUUCCAUCUCACCGCUGCUACAUUAUAGUUCCAAAUACGACUGCAUUGAGGGGUUGACCGAUUUAGGAUUUAAGAGAUAUCCACAUAUAGCAGAUCAUGCUAACGUUUUUUUAAUCAAAGGGGUGUAUCGACAAUGGAAACAGCCUCUUUCAUUUACUUUCUCCAGUGGACCCCUUUCUUCAACACAACUGAAACAUAUGAUAAGAGAUAUUGUCACUAUGUGUCAACGUGUUGGGCUUGAAGUAGUUGCUACAAUCUGUGACCAAGGUGCUGGAAAUCAAGCGGCGAUUAAUUCUUUAUUGAAGGAAACUAACGAAUAUUGUGUAAUGAACAAAAUACCCAACAAUUACUUGGGUAUAUUAAUUAAUGACAAAGAAGUUAUUCCCCUAUACGAUGUGCCACAUCUUUUUAAAGGCCUGCGGAAUAACUUAUUAAAUAAAGAUCUGCAUUUCAAUAUGAAUGGAGUAGACCAAGUAGCAACUUGGAAACAUAUUGAACAACUAUAUUUUUUGGAUACAUAUGAUGAUACACGUAUGUUAAUUAAAUUAACAGACAAUCAUGUGAUACCCAAUAAAAUAAAUAAAAUGAAGGUGUCAAGCAUGACUCAAAUAUUCAGUUAUGCUGUUGGAUCUCAUUUACAACGUUUCGCUGGUUGGGAUACCAAUACUGAAUACAGUUUACCACCUGCAGCUAAGCAAACUGGCGCAUUUGUAUUAUUUGUGGAUGCAUUGUUUGACAGUCUAAAUGGCAACAACAAACUCGCUCCUGUGAGUAAACCUCUAAAAGGAGCAUUAACAAAAACUUCUCCCCAUGAGGCAUUUUGGACAACAGCGAUUCAUGUUUUGGGAACUAUGAAGUUCUUGGAUUCGUCAAAACAAAAAUUGGUGCAUGUGCCGUCAAUAAAAAAUUUAGUUUAUACUAUUAAAGGAUUUAUACAUUUAAAAAAAAAACUUUUAAAUAAGGUGAGUUAUGUGUUACCACGUGCUUUUAACCAAGACUGUCUUGAAAAUUUUUUUGCAUCUGUGAGAAGUCAUGGAAGGCGAAAUGUAUCCCCAAGUGCAUUUCAUUUUAUAUCGUCCUUUAAAGCACUUUUAAUCAAUAAUUUUUUGUCGAGCCACUCCGUGUUUUCAAAUUGUGAAAAAGAUUUCAAUGUAGGCGCGCUGGACAACUUACGCACAUUUUUAACGGGUGAGGAGAUUGUUGGCAUUAGUCCGUUAGAUGUAAGUAUUUGUGAGAAUGUGCCAGACAUUUUACAUGUCAGAAAAACUCAGAUUGCAAAAGCAACAAUAGCAUAUCUGGCUGGAUAUAUUGGAAAAAAAGUGUUGAAUAAAACAAAUAACUGUAAUUUAUGUAAAAUUUUGCUAACUUCUUCAGAUAAUGAUGUGCCAUUAGAUGUUAUUGAAGCUAGGGAAUAUAAACAAUCCAGUCUAUUUAGACCUGGCAGCUAUUUAUAUUUUAUUGUAGGGCAAGCUUGCUCAUAUUUAUUUUAUUUAAUUCCAAGGCAUUGCCAUAAGUUCAUGCUACAUAAAAUUUUAGCAAAAAAAAUAGCAGAAUUAUUAAAUUUUAAUGUUCUCAAUUGUGAAAAACAUACCCAACUAGGGUCAUUAGUUCUUAAUUUAAUUGUUAAGACAGUAUUACAUUUUUGGUUUCGACUGCGGAAUCCGUGUGGAACAAACGUUUUGAUGAUGAUGGAGCGCUUCGAUACCGAACUAUUCAUUGAUGAAGUGGAGAAAAUGCCUGCAAUUUGGGAUAUGAAAAGUGCCGAUUACUCCAAUAGAAUUAAGAAAAAUGGAGCCUGGCAGGAAUUGGUGGAAAUAUUUGCACAUGGGGAAGACACAUUAGAAAAAAAAAUAAUUGUACUUGGAGCCACAUUGCAAAAAAAGUGGAAAAACAUCCGCGACGCAUACAUGAAAGAGUACAAGAAAAAUACAUCGAUUCCCUCCGGUUCGGGGUCACAGAAAGGUACAACGUACAUUUAUUUUUCCCGGCUCUCAUUUCUUCAAGUGUGUGCUGAGAAUAAGGAAACCACCAGUAACGUUGAGGAACCAAGAAAUGAAGAGCAAAGAAAUGAGGGUGAAGAAGAAGAUUUUGUAGAACCUAGGGAUAUUCGUCCUGUUUCGAAAAAGAAGAAAACUUUGAAUUCUUCCGAGGAACGGUUAACCGAUUUAUUGGAAAGAAGUAUCCAAACACGAGACAAAUUUCAACAUGAAACUGUCAGCCAAGAUGAAGACAAACUCUUUUGUUUGUCAUUGUACAAAGAACUAAAAAAUGUACCUGAGCAAAAGCGUCUGGCAACUAAGAUAGAAUUACUGCAGGUACUUCAAAAAGCACAAACAUUACCAGGCAAUACUAUUCGUCUCAUAUCGCAAUCGCAGCAUUCACCCUCUAACACGUACACAAAUUUUUGGAAUAAUCAACAUUACAGCUUUCCACUGGGAUCUUCUACUGUGACUGAAUCUGCACAACCCUCACCACUAUCACAAACCACUUCUGACUCAUCGCAGUCUAAAAUAGUUGAAGAACUUCGGUUCAUAUUGUCUUAA